GUUUUUCGAUGAUCUUUCGAAAGAUAGACUUCAGCUGUAUUUUAAGUCUGUGCACCUUGGUUGCCCAAUGGAACUAACUUAUACUAAAUAAUUCAAUGGGAAUACAUAAUCUCGAUACCAAAGACUUGUUGAAGCGGAUAAAGGAAUGGAAUGCCACAAGACUGGAUCUAUUCAAAAUAUCUGAACCUAAUAAACGUAAUGAAUUCAGUGGAGUGGUACGCUUCUUUUUCCGUGGAGAUGACGGCAAAUAUCAGAGUAAAUGUUUACGCGUAACAAAUACAGCCACUGCACGACAAUUGUGAAUAUACUUGUAGAAAAAUUUCAUCCAGAUUUACGUAUGCUUACAGCUGGACGUUAUGCAAUAUAUGAAUACCAUUCAAAUACUGGAGAACGUCGUCUUGGAGCUGAUGAAGCACCUCUUCUAGUUCAGUUAGAUUGGACAGCUGAAAAUCAAGAAGGACGUUUUAUCCUGAGGGAUGAAUCUAAACCACAAACGAUACAACGCUUUGAUACAACACAUCAAAAUGGUUCGUUAACACCUGGUGCAAAAUUACGCGCAAGUAGUAAAAGUACACUGAAUGUUGACAAUCCUACAGAAGAUAAACAACACAGUCGUGGUUUUGUCCGUAGAUGGUCAUCAGGAUCACGAAAAAAACGGCGAAAAUCAAGUAAACAUCGAUCUGGUAAUAUUGAUGGCGGUGGUGAUGGUGAUGAUGAUGAUGCCUGUGAUGGAGUAGAACAAAUCCCGGAUACAACAUUCACGCGAACCUUAUCUAAUCCAGAUGAAGUUCUGCGCCGAAGACGACAACAACGUGUACAUAAUCGAAAUCAGGCUAUGGAAAUUGGUGAUGGGAGUAAAAAAGGCAGUUUGGUAAAGAUUUAUGGGAAUGCGUUGAAUCCAACAAUACCGUAUAUCCUACUCCCAUUAUCUGUUAAUGAUACAUCUGAACAAAUUGUACAAUGGACAUUAGAAAAAUACAAUCUUAUUAAUCAUGUCGAUUCAAGAGAUUAUUGUUUAGUUAUGGUGAAUUUACCUGCACGUAGUAAUGGAAACAAUGGUGGAGCUGUUAACGGUACUGAACGUUUACCUCACAGUGUAGACAAAGAGAUCACCCUGCAUGAUAAAGACUGUGUCCUGAAAUUCCGUGAAAUGAUUCGAUCCAAUUUUGGUGUAUCGAAUGUUAUACAAAUAAGACAUCGACAUAUCCCUGGUAAAGAGGGAAAACGACCACCCUUACCACCUCCUGCUUAUCCACAUGUACCAGUUCAGCAUCAAGAUGUGCCAACUUCUACUGCUUCUGCUACAGCUGUUCCACUUCCCCUGAAUAAUUCUUCAAUCAACAAUGGUAAAGAGGCGGUAAGACAAUCACAGCUUAAAAGUCAACACCUCGAUGAAAUGCCGUAUUUAAUUGAAGUAGUCAGCGAGACAGAUCAUUCAGUACAUCCUAGAGGAUUAACUAUUGACUUGACCGAUCUAUUUACAAGAGCGUAUACUUUACCUAUCAAACUUGGUACAGUGGAGAAUAUGGUUGGAUCAUAUCCUAAUAUAUUAGUCGAUAAGAAUCAACAUCCUGACAUUCGACCAGUUCAUUGUACAUUUUGUGUUGUCAUAACUACAAACAGUCCAAGUGUACCACAACCAGUAACCACAACAUCUUCUUCUACUACCACACUGUUAAACAGUCCACCAAAAUGGAAAUUACCCAAAGCUGGAUCAACAUUUGAUUUAGAAAAUUGCACAAAAUUCUCUUUACUUUUAACACCAUCAUUAGAUGGUUUUGCCAAACCAGCUGGACCAGCAUUGAUUCGUGUCAAUGGCACACGUGUAACAGGUCCUAUUCUUAUCCCAAAAGAUGAAAUUAUCCAACUAGGUAAAUCAUUAUACCUGAAAUAUAUUCAACCAAUACAAAUUAAAUCGAAUCAACAAACGAAUAAUCAGAAUAAUAAUAAUAAUAAUAAUAAUAAUAUGCAAAUGAAUACAUCUCAUUCACUCACAGCAUUUUCAUCAAAUCAACAUAUGAAUACAUUGACCAAUAGGAAUAAAGAUAAACGGACUACCUUGACAAAUGAUAAAAAUGAGAUACAACGAGUGAAACAGGAGAUAAAUUCAACUGGUGUCUACCCGUCGAAAUCACAUCAUCAGUCCAAAUCCAAUCUUCUAAGUGUAUCAACAAAAAGACAAGAUUCAGAAGAUCAUAAUGGUCAGGUGAACACAUCGUCUUCUUCUACUUCGUCAGAUCAAUUACCUUUAUCGAUUGAUUUAGAGAAUACCAAUGAAUCAACAGCUUUUGAUACACUAAUGGAUCAAUUUAUUCAUCUACUCGAUCGUAUUCUACAAUGUGCUCAAUCUGAUCUAAUCACUGGACAUAGAUCAUCAUCGCAAAAAGAUAUGAACUCGGUGAAAAGUCGUUCAUUCCAUCUAGCACCUGCAUAUGCAAUGUAUUUAACCUAUAGAGCGUGUAUUAAAAAGUUGAACACAUCGAAUCAAUUCCAACCAGUUGAACGAGAUCAUUAUAUUUCACAUUUAACAAAUUAUAUGGCUACUCGAAUAUAUGAGUCCGUACCAAAUUUCAAUCGCAAUUCAAAUACUGAUCCCACAUUAAUCAAACCGUUAACUUAUUGGCUUGGCAAUAGUAGUGAAUUGCUACACUUCUUUAAAAACGAUAUUGAUCUCUGUUCGUCAAAUCGAUCAAAAGGCUGGGAUCAAAAGAAUGAUCGAAGUCAAACGGAUGGACUGCCAGCACCAUCAUCUACAUCAUCUGUGGUUUGUAGAGAUGCUCUACAUAUUCUUGCUGAGACUGUUGACCAUUGUUUCUAUUAUCUACGUUCAGUUAUGACUGGUAUACUACAACCAUGGUUGAUGUGUUUAACGUAUCCAGGAGAUUUAGAUUUACAGGAUGACAUACUUCUCGAUGAUAAACCGAUAGAUCCAACAGAAAGUUGGAAUAAGCCUAAAGAACCAGUCAGUAUGCAAAUUAUUUUACAGCACUUCACCUAUUUAAUGCAACAGUUGAGGAAAUCACGUGUCAACGCCGCGUUGACUUUCCAGUUAUACUCACAAUUAUUUCAUUUAAUCGGUGCACAUAUAUUUAAUACAGUGUUAAUUGAUACAGAAGCUAAACCAAGGAAUGUUCUAAGCGAUGGUAAUUUAUGGCUGACGCGACUUGGUGCAUCCCGAUUGAACAGACGAUUGGAUCGGAUUAAAAGAUGGGCGCAUAAACAAGGUCUUGAAUUGGCUGUUGAAUGUCGUCUACAACGAUGUACACAGGCGUGUCAACUGAUUAUGGCUAAUCGUACAAAUCUGGAUGAAUUUUAUCAACAUUGUAUAAGUUUAAUAUCAUUGAAUAGUAUUCAAUUGGAAUGGUUAUUAGCGCAUUUAUCCGACCCUCCACCUGUUCCUGAUGAAUGGAUUGAUUUGAUUGUAACUGGUGCUAAAGAGGUAAAUGAUCGUGCAUACGCCGAUGAAAUGGAGCAUUAUAUUAGUACAGGACAAUCAGAUAUACCAAUUUCUGAAUUACAGCUGAAUGAAUUAAAAGAACUCCCAAUUCCUUUAUUGUUACCAGCUGACGGUUACGCCUCAGAUGCUGUACUGACUGGUAUUCCUGAUGGUCUGCUAGAUUUUCUACGUCCAUUGAUUAAAGAUGGGUUGAUCAAGGUGAAAAAACAUCCAAUAACUAAUGGCCAGUUGGAAAAUCGACCAUGGACUAAUUGUAUGCGAUUAGCGAUGUAUGAAAAAGAACACGACAAUCGUAGUCAGCAUACAGUACAGUCAAGACGACAAGGAACACUGUCGAAAUCUUGUCAAGAUCGUAAAAGUCCAAGCACUCCGGCUACUACCAAUCUUGGUCAUCACAAGUCAGAUAAACUAAAACAACGAACACACAGCCACGGUGUGGAUGAUGCAGAUGAUGAUUUAAGCCAUUCUUCCAACAGUCUAACAGGCGACACCGGUAGUAUUGACAGUAGUGGAAGUAAUUUCAAAGAAUUUUCUACACAAACAGUUCGUUAUCAACCGAAUAAGCCGAGUACACUACAGAAAUCAUCAUUCAAUCCAUUAUUGUCAGCCAAUAAAGAGACAAGAACGCAUGCUUCACUACCAGAUUUAAGUCAUGCGAGUUAUGAACAAUUAGCAAAAGACGCGAAUGUUCCAAUCAAAUCGAUUACACAAUUCUUUUUAAAAAAGUAUAAUAAUAGUUUAGGAUUGAGUAUAGUUGCAGCGAAGGCCGAAGGACAACGUCUUUAUGGAAUUUAUGUUAAAGAAAUUGUACCGAAUGGUGCAGCUGAUCGUGAUGGUCGUCUGAAAACUGGUGAUCAAAUUCUAGCUAUCGGUAAUACAAGUUUAAUUGGUUGUGCUCAAUCAGAUGCUGUAGCGAAGAUUUCGAAACAAAGUAAACCAGACGAUGGUGUCCAGCUGAUUAUUGCUAAAAAAGCAGCUCAAUAUCAUAAAAUUAUUGAAUUAAUUCGACCUACUAAUAACCAUAUCAGUAGUAAUAGUAUUAAUAAUAACAAUAGUGGGAAUAAUCAUGAUAAAAGGAGUACACAGGUUGAAAACAAGAAACACGACCUACGUGAUAUGCCCUAUUUUAAUCAAAGUCAACCAGAUCUUCGUAUCGAAAAUCAACAAAGUCAGCCUUCUACAGACAAUCACUUGAGAGGUACAAUAGAUCAUAAAAGGUUAAACAAUACUGAUCAUCGACCUGUUUCUCAACGUCCUCGUAACCAACAGCAUCCUCAGAACCCACAUCCACAGCAACAGCAGCAGCAGCAACAACAACAACAACAGCCGAAGAACAACACUAAUACGCGUCUAAAUCAUCCUUCUGUAAAUAAAGCCAAGAGAUUAGAUCAGUCAAGACAAAAAAUUGGUUCUUUAAGUCGUUCUACACCAUCGUUAAAUUUAGCUGAAAUUGGAAUGAAUGAUGAGGCGGAUGAAUUAGAAGAUCAUUCAGGUUACAAAGAUGAUCAUCAGAAAUUAAGUAAACAACAUCCUUCUUCAGUCAAGCAUUCAUCAAGAAAUCGUACAUAUUUCCCGGAGAAAAUCAAUAGGCCUCAAAGUGUUGAUGCUCGAUCUAACUAUGAAGCUAGUCGACAUCGUUCCCAGUCACGUUCGACACCAUCUUCCCCAUCAUCGAUGAGUGAAACAACAUCCUCUGAAUCUGAUAUCAUUAUAAACAAUCCCGAAGAGGAAAGAGACGAAGAGAAUGAACAUCAAAGACGUCAGCAUAACCUUCAAUCUAUACAACAUCAAGAAGAAGAAGAACAGCAACAACGUGAACAUGAAUACAACGGUGGAUAUCGAAGAACACAGACUCCAACUGAAUCCUUAAGACAUCAUAAAAACAGUAAGCGAUCAACUGCCUUACCGUCAAUCUCCUCUCACCUUCCACAAGAGAAUUUUCAUUCACAACCAAAUAUUUUAAAGAAAGCCUAUCUGGAUAACAUGGAUAAUUUUGAGAAUUAUGAUAAAAAUUCCCUGGUGAACAGUGAUGGCGCCUAUCCACAAUAUCAUGAAGGCAAAUCUCUACAACCUAUUCUUGUAGCAGAAUCAAUAUCAAAUGAUUUUACAAGUUUAGAGUCUGUUAGCAGUGGUCAACAGACUGUGUGUAGUUUAAAUGAAUCCCAACCAAUUACAGAUGAUAAUUAUAAUUAUGAUAAAAUGUCAAAAGUGAAUAGCCAUGAAACUCGACGAGUUCGUCACCAACCGCCUCCGCCGCCACCACCACCACCACCUGCCCCUGCAUCAACAUCCUCAACAGCUCCAUCUACAAAUUACACUACAAAGAAUGAGAUGUUGACAACAAGAAAAGAUACUCAAGGGAAUUGGAAACCUGCAUGGCGUGAAACAGAUUUAGAUCGUUGUAAUGGUCAAGAAUUGAAUGCUGACAAUCAUAAUAUUAAUCAUGGGGAUAUUAUUGAAAGAAAUCAGCGUAAACUGAUGCAUAAUAAUAUAGACGGUAUGCCUUCUGUGGAUGAAAUUCAUGAGAAACACGAAAUCUCAAGAAACAGUUCGCCAACAUCUUUCAAAAAUACUAACCAUAAUCCAACUGAACAAAGCAUCUAUCUUCCACGCCCAUUUGAGAAUACUACGUCGUCUAGAAUAAAUGAUCAGCCUGUUGAAGAAAUAUCACAGAUCAGAUCAGAUCAGAAUCAUUUAAAGCCUAAUAAUUUGUCAUCAAUAGUUAGUUAUCAUCAAAAUAAUUCCUCGGCGAAUUCAUUAAUGUAUGAAGAGGAACCAGCAUCAGAGGCGUUAAAACCACCUUCACAUGCUGUGGUAUCGAUUAAUCGAUGGAAUGAAGAGUCCCUGACGAUGGUCAAUGGACCAGUUGUACAAACUGAUCUUCCAAAUGUACAUAUAGACCCUCAACGUGGUCGUAUCUCAACCAAGUCGUAUUCUACAAAUCAAACUAAUCCACUGAACACUAAUCAACCUGUACAAUCAUAUACAUCAUCAACUGGUUACUCGUCUAUGUCUAAUGAUAUUAUACCGCCAACAAAAUCAUUUGUACAUCAACGGAUUUCACAAUUCACAAAUGAUUAUCAAGCAGCAUUCGAUUCUCCUGAGUUAUCGACAACGACGUUAGCAUUCACAACAACAACAACAACUACUACUACUACUACAACAUCUGUACAAAAGACAAACUAUCUGUCAUCAUCUUCGUAUUCAACACAACCUAUUUCUGGUGUAAAUAUGUCAUAUCCGGCUGGCAGGAAUGUGAAUGGAGUUUAUCCAUUGGUCAAGGAAUCUUCAAAUCCUCUGUUGAGUCAGGAGGCUCACAACGCACAAACCUAUUCCAAGCUUAUAAAUACUCCAUCGUAUAUGCCUUCACCUCCACCUGUACCAACAGCAGAAUACCCACAAUAUCAUCCUCCCGAACGAUUGGAACCAGUUCACUGGUCAACCUAUAAACACUGUUCGUCGAAUGAAGAAAGAACUAGUAAUUAUAAUAUAAGUAAUAGUAAUGAAAAGACUUCGAGGAAUUUUAUGUCUCCACAGCCCUCUUCAACCAAUCUACCAUCCUCGAGACUGCCAAUGGAACAAACAAUAACGAAUAAACCUGAUUCAGACAAUAAUUAUCAAUCUUCCUUAUCAAAAUACUCAAACAGACCGAUCGUACACUCGUCUUCAUCUCCGACCGGUCUUGGCUCAGCGGCAAGUCGUGUUCUGGCUCUCCAAUCAGAAAUUGCAGAAUUAGAAGCACAACAACGUGUAGACAAUCGAUUAGAUUUAGGUCCAACGCUGGAUAGAUUACAUGUAGAGUUACAAUUUCAAAAACGUUUGGCAGAACGUGAAUCCAACUGUAAACUUUCUCUGAAUCAUACAAGUACAGCAGCAGUAGUGGUGAAUGAUACGAAAACUUAUAGUUUGCCUGAAAAGUCAAAUACACUAGAGUCAAUUCAUUCGCAUCAUUCAUCAGUGUCAGUGACAAAUCAACCUCCUUAUCGACAGGAUUGGAUGCAUAAAACACGACAAGCUGAACAAGAACUUUUAGAAAAACAAAAUCAGAGAAUAUCUCAACUAGAAGAAGAACAUCGAGCAAUGUUAAUUCGACAAGAAUUACGCGCGAAAGAACGUAACCAAUGGUUCGAACGAAAACAACAACAGCCUCAGGCCGACAGCCCUUCCAAUCCAUCAGCACUGAAAAUGAAGAGUAAUGAUCAUGCGCAUGAUGAAGAUGAUGAUAAUGAUGCGAGAUCAUGGAAUUACCAAACUUUAAGUCAAGUACCACUUAGACAGAAUUCUGAUGACAAUCUUUCUCAAGCAUCCAGUAGUCAAAAUCGUUAUGGACGGCCAAGAUUUGAUGCAAAACAAGAAAUGCCAAAAUUCACACCCUACUCAAUGCCACAUCCAAUUCAAUCACGUCUAGGUCCACAAGUUAUUGAAAGCGAGUUAUCUCGUCUGCAUAAUACCACUGUUCCAGGCACGUCUACUGAUGGUAGUAUGCGUGUCAAAAAAUCUGUAUCGUUUGAUAAAAACUUGGAGACAAUAUCUGUUUACAGUCCACCUACAACACCUCAGGAUAGUUUAAUCGAAAAUGCUUCAACAAAUAAGGCACGUAGCUCCAAUAGAACAACAGGACAGAAUUUAGCUGUGAAGAUCCCCCCACCAUCUAUGCCUUCGUAUAAAAAGUCUUUAAGUCCACCAAUUGGUUUUGAAACUGCUGAUGACAGUAGAAUAAACGCCCCAGAGAAACAAAGUCAACAGGGAAGAACAACAAAUUCAAAUACUGGCAUACCCAGAUCAUCGUCUCAGGGAAAGAUACCCCACCUGAAUAAUAAUAAUACUAAUAUGCCAAAUAUAACUGUCAAACCACCGCCUAACGCAGAACUUCUACCAUUCAAAGAGAAAAUGCGUUUAUUUGCUCAACAAAUCGGUGAAGAUCCACCUAAAGAGCGUAUCAAAGCAUCUAGUCGUCAGCGGGAAUUACAAAAUGCUAAUAAUCUCAAUUGAGAAUUAUAUCACCUCUGUGUACUCAUAUAUUUAUUUAUUCAUAUAACACCCUUAAAAAUGGGAUAAUUAUGUAAUUUAAAUAUCAAUACACCUUUUUUAUUUCGAUUGUUUUGCCUUCAAUUUCCUACCAACACACACUCACCUCUACUCACUAUCACUCCUUCUAUCACUCCGCCUUCCUCCCUCAGUUUGGCUGUCCAUAUAUCUCAGUUCACCUCACAUAUCAGUGUAAAAAUCUGUCGAAUCAAAUCAAAACAAACCCUUGAUCUUUAACCACUGUUUCUAUCCUUGCUCUGACUAUCAUACUCAUUUUGUAUUGUGCUGUUUUUUUCCCAUACAGAAACAUUGUUUGCACAUGCAUUUUAUUCAAAUGAAACUACACAACAACUCAGUGUUUUAUAGUUCCCUCUCUUUAUUUAGUUUUAUUCUUUGAAUAUAUAUGAGUACUUGUCAACCAAAAACACAUCAUUAAUCCUUUGUCUCCCUUUCUGUAUGUUCCCCCGCCCCCACCCACCUCCAUACAUAUAUAUUUAUAUAUACUUAACGAAUCUCUGUGUAUAUUAUAGUUUACUCCCUCAAACAAUGGGAAUUUGAUUUUAGCGCAUUUUGAAUUUCAUUUAUUUUGAUUAAUUUAAACAAAAAGUGGCCUUGAACAGAAAAUAUAUAUAUAUACAUAUUAGAAAAAUCAAUAGCACAUUAAUUCAAUUAUAUAAAUAUACAUAUAUAUUUUAAAAAAAUCAUUCAUUUACUGGGCGUGGCUGAUCUGCUCACAGUCUGAUUACAGCUCAUUGAUCUCAAUCAUCAGUGAUCUGAUCAUGCAUGAUUCUACAAAUAUCAAUAUUAUGAAUGUUAUUAUUUCUUAUAAAAUAAUAUGAUUCAACUUGCUGAAUAUAUAUUUUUUAUUUUACUCUUUUAAUUGAUAAAUACUACUUACAAUCAUUGUUUUAAGUAGUAGUUUCAUAUGUUGUGGUUGAUUAUGUUGCUCGGAUGUAUACGCUAACGUGUUUGUGUUGUGUGUGUGUAUAAUUUAUAGGCCUUCUUUGUCCUUUAUUGUCUUACUACAACCCACCCGCAACCCUCCCUCCAAUCUCCAACUUGGAUCCAUUUUGAUUCCUUGUCAAUUUUGAAUUUGAUUAUAUAAAUAAAAAC